GAGUCCCGCAGCCGGCCUUGUGAGCCCCGACAGAGACAUGGGAGGAGUGGUGGAGAAAAGUUGGAAAAGUGGUCAAAAGUCCUCAAAAUGUUCAAAAAUCACACGCACGCACGCACACACAUACGCACACACACAAAGUCUCACUUUGAUACACUCUUGUGCGUGAAAAUAACCAGAUACAUGCUGAAAAACAUAUUUAAAAGCUGGAAAAACUCUGGUAGAGCACACUCUUCAGAGGGUUUUGAGAAUGAGGGGUAACUAUUAUUUUUUUUUACUGAUUGCAAUAUAUCUGUUUAGAGUUUAUAUAAUAACAAGUAUUUAUUCUAAAUAAAAACAGUUAAACACCGCGUCAAAAUUCACGCUCAGCAGAGGGAUGUUCUAGGGGAACCUUCAUCCAUUUUGCGUAAGUACUGGUUAUUUUUUACAUUGUUUUAUUACCUCUGUUUUACAACGUUAUUGGUAUAUUUUAUUAGACGAUGAUCUAGUCGACGCAGAAGUAAGAGACGACGAGCUUUGUUUGAUUGAUCUUACAAAGUUGGAAAACGACUAGCGAUGUUUCUUUUACGCCUCUGGCACGAUGGUUGGUCUUAACCGAACGUUCGACGGCAUCACACCUCCCGCCAAAACGUUCCGAAGAAGUCUAUAUUGAAGACCAGCUUGCGGAGGAUGAGGCGGAGGAGGAAGUUUUAAACCCGCAAAAGACUCCUGCCGUUGAAGAAUUGUUUCCGGACAAAAUUGUCGAAAAAGACGUCGAAUGUCCCUCCGUUGAAGACUUGCUUGCUGCGGGCGAGAAGGCUUUUCUCCCGGUAAAGAGUCCAGAGGAGGCCGCCGUCGAAGGCUUGCUCAGGGACAACAUCAUCGAAAAAGACGGCGAAAGUCCUACAUGCUCCCGCUGCGGUAAGAAGAAGCGGAAGAGGAAGAGUUGAGAGCCGAGCAGACUGGAGCAAAAAAGACAACGGAUCAAACAACACUACAAGAUACUGGCUCGUACCUUUGAGAUGCUGUCUGACAUUGUUUAAUACAUGUUUGAUUGAUAUAACUGCUUUAUAAUUUUUUAUUUUUUUAUUUUGUUUUAGAGAAAUAGAAUGGCCGACAAAAACAUUGUAGUUUCGCCCGAAUUAGUGGAGGAUGACGGAGAAAUAGAAAACGAAAACGUUCCUAAUCAUCAUUUAGAAUCAAAUAAAGGGGUAGAACGUGAUUCACAGUUUUUCAAUCCUUUACAACAAGCGCUAUGUCAUGUAGAAUCAAAUAACCAAGCAGAAUGUGAUUCGAACUUUUUUCAUUCUUCACACACUGCAAUUUAUCAUUCAAACUGGAAAUCAAACUAUAACCCGUCUUUGCAAGAUACUCAUAAUGGAUUAAAUUUAAACACAAACACAGACGCACACACACAACCGCAGCAACAGGGAGAUUUGGAGGGUGAAGGGGUACAACCACAGGGUGGCAUGGUGGGGGUGCAGCAGCAGAGGACAGCUCAUGACCAUCCAAAUUUAAAUGAGACCCAGAGAGGUGAGGGUUUAAAUGUCUUGAGACGUGAAGUGUUUAACAAUGUUGAGUUAAAAAGUGUUUUACCUUUUCCUCAAAACAGCGGUGUAACAGAUUACGCCACAUUUUACCGUCGAGUCAUGGGGAACCUUGAAAACUUGACAAAUAGGGUCGUUGAGGAGGCUAGACCCAACGACAUUGUUCAAUUAGAGUUUAUCGGUGACAGGGCGCGAAAACACGCUUCAUUUACGUUUCAAAACGAUGGCGGGGAAGUAAUGAAUGCUUUUCAAAACGUGCUAGACCUGCUGGUACAAUCAAACGCUGAAAUUAUGAACGACGACGAAAUACAGGUAGUAGUUCAAGUGAUACAUAAUCCUAGAGGCGGUGUUAGAAGAAAAGCCGAAACCCUUUUGGAACAUGAACUCUACAAAAAGAAAGCUCGCUAUCUGUAUAAACCAAACAACGUGAAUAAUCAUCUCUGUUUUGCCAUCAGCCUAGCCCAUCUGAUUCAUCCCGAAUUUACGGAUAGUCAGGCUGUGCUGGAGGCUAAACAAAUACAGAGAAAAGCGGGCUUAGACGAUCAAACCCCCGUCACUUUCAGUCAUAUUCAUGCGUUUGAAAAAGUCGUGCGACGUAAAAUUGUCAUACUGUACAGAGAAGAGGAUCAACGCCCCUUCUCGCUGUUUGAGACAGAUUCCCCUAAAUCAGAUAAUCCGUUGUAUUUGUAUUUAUCUCAAAAUCAUUACAACGGUAUCAUCAACAUUAAAGGAUUUUUGUCAAAACCGCACGUUUGCCACUACUGCUACAGAGGGUACAUCAAAGCCAACAGACACAAAUGCGACGGUCAUUGCGUGGUCUGUACAAUUCCCGACUGUGUAAAAAUAAUGACAAAAUCAGUCUUUUGCCAGGAUUGCAACAUGUGGGCACGUACACCUACAUUAUGCAGGGGAGUAAAGUUCUCUGUUUUGAAGACCGUGAUUUUAGGCUAA